AUGCCGGCUCCGCGGAGGGAGCCAGAGCAGCUGCUCUCACCUGCCCUCCUUCUCCUUACAGCGGUGGGGACUCAGGCGACGAUCCUUUUCACCAAGGAGCCAUACUCCCAGGACGCCCUGCACGGCCGCAGCGCCAUCCUCCGCUGUGAGGUGGCUGAGCCGGCAAACGUGGCCUUCGAAUGGCUGCAGAAUGGGCUCCCCGUCCAGGACACAGAGAGGCGCUUCAAAGAAGGCAGCAACCUCCAGUUCAUUGCCAUUGACCGCCACCGGGACGCGGGGGACUUCCAGUGCGUGGCAAGGAACGUGCUCACUGGGGAGGAAGCCCGCACAGCCAACGCAUCCUUCAACAUCAAGUGGCUGGAGACAGGCAGCGUGCUGCUGAAACAGCCGGCCAGCGAGGCUGAGAUCCAGCCCUCUUCCACGGUGGUGCUGCGAUGUCACAUUGACGGCCACCCACGCCCCACGUGGCAGUGGUUCUGGGACGGCGUCCCCAUCUCCGACGACCAUGACGCCUAUGCCAUCAGCAACAAGGAGCGAACGCUGACCCUCCGCAGCGCCAGCCCCAACGACAACGGGCUGUACUACUGCUGUGCCCGCAGCGCCAUUGGGUUCGUGUGCAGCCGCGACAACUUCACGCUGAAUAUUAUCGAUGAGAGCUUCCCCCAGCCAGUGAUCAUCCCACAGGACCUCAUUGUGACCAAGAACGAAGAGGCCAUGUUCGACUGCCAGUUUGCGGCUGUGCCCCCUCCCACACAGGAGUGGCUCUUUGAAGACACCCCCAUCACCAACAGGUCCAGGACCAUCGUGUUCGCCAACGGCUCCCUGCUAAUCACCCAGGUGAGGGCUCGCAGCACUGGGGUCUACAAGUGUGUUGGCCGUGGGCAGAGGGGGAAACCUGCUGUCCUGGAAGCAACUCUGCGGCUGGCAGAGAUCGAAGACAUGGCACCCUUCUCCCCGAAGGUGUUCACGGCCAACCAGGGGCAUCGUGUGGCCUGCGUUGCCCCCCGGGGCGUACCCCCACCCCAGGUCUGGUGGGAGCGGGACCAGGAGCAGGUUCCUACCACUGGCAGGGUGUACCAAGAGGCAGAGCAGCUUGUCUUCACUACUAUCACCGAGACGGAUGCAGGGAUCUACACGUGCCAUGCUGCCAACAAGGCUGGAGAGAAGAAGCAGGAGCUGAGCAUCACCGUGGCCACGGUGCCCAAGUGGGUGGAGAUGCCCAAGGACAGCCAGCUGGAGGAGAGCAAGCCAGGAUACCUGCACUGCCUCAGCAAGGCCUCCCUGAAACCCACCGUCACCUGGUACCGCAAUGGCGUCUCCAUCUCUGAGGACUCGCGCUUUGAGAUCUCUGAGAAUGGGACACUGCGCAUCAACAACGUGGAGGUGUAUGACGGGACGAUAUACAAGUGCGUGAGCAGCACGCCAGCAGGCAGCAUCGAGGGAUACGCACGGGUGCAUGUGCUAGAGAAGCUGAAGUUCACCCCCCCGCCCCAGCCGCUGCAGUGCAUGGAGUUUGAUAAGGAGGUUACAGUGUCCUGCUCGGCCACUGGCCGGGAAAAGCCCACCAUCCAGUGGACUAAAACAGAUGGGAGCAGCUUGCCGUCCCAUGUCAGCCACAACGCUGGCAUCUUGUCCUUCCACAAGGUGAGCCGGAGUGACUCAGGGAACUACACAUGCAUCGCCUCCAACAGCCCACAGGGCGAGAUCCGGGCCACCGUGCAGCUUGUGGUAGCAGUUUACGUCACCUUCAAGCUAGAGCCAGAGCCCACGACGGUGUACCAGGGGCACACAGCCAUGUUCCAGUGCCAGGCAGAGGGCGACCCCAUGCCGCACAUCCAAUGGAAAGGGAAGGACAAGAUUUUGGAUCCCGGCAAGCUCCUGCCCAGGAUUCAGAUCAUGCCCAACGGCUCCCUGGUGAUUUACGACGUCACCACCGAGGACUCAGGAAAAUACACUUGCAUCGCUGGCAACAGCUGCAACAUCAAGCACCGCGAGGCCUUCCUCUAUGUUGUAGACAAGCCAGCAGUGGAAGAGGAUGAGGGGCUCGGCAGCCACACACCCUACAAAAUGAUCCAGACCAUUGGACUUUCGGUGGGGGCGGCUGUUGCCUACAUUAUCAUUGUCCUGGGGCUGAUGUUCUACUGCAAGAAGCGGAGGAAAGCCAAGCGGCUGAAGAAGCACCCAGAGGGCGAGGAGCCCGAAAUGGAGUGUCUGAACGGCGGUGCUUUCCUGCAGAAUGGGCAGACAACAGAUGAGAUCCAGGAAGAAGUGGCCUUGACCAACCUGGGCAGCAGCUCCGGAGCCAGCAAGCGACAUAGUGCCGCUGACAAGAUGCACUUCCCGCGCUCCAACCUGCAGACAAUCACUACCCUUGGCAGGGGGGAGUUCGGUGAGGUCUUCCUGGCCAAGGCGAAGGGUGUGGAGGAUGGAGAGGACGAGGCGCUGGUGCUGGUGAAGAGCCUGCAGACCAGGGAUGAGCAGCUGCAGUUGGACUUCCGGCGUGAGGCAGAGAUGUUUGGCAAGCUGAACCACGCCAAUGUGGUGCGGCUGCUGGGGCUGUGCCGCGAGGCAGAGCCGCACUAUAUGGUGCUGGAGUACGUGGACCUGGGGGACCUGAAGCAGUUCCUGAGGAUCUCCAAGAGCAAAGACGAGUCUCUGAAGCCGCAGCCCCUCAGCACCAAGCACAAGGUGUCUCUCUGCACGCAGGUGGCCCUGGGCAUGGAGCAUCUCUCCAACGGCAGGUUCGUGCACCGGGACUUGGCAGCCAGGAACUGCCUCAUCAGCGCUCAGCGGCAGGUCAAAGUCUCAGCCCUGAGCCUCAGUAAGGAUGUGUAUAACAGCGAGUAUUACCACUUCCGCCAGGCCUGGAUCCCGCUGCGCUGGAUGCCGCCUGAGGCCGUGCUGGAGGAUGAGUUCUCCACCAAGUCGGACGUGUGGUCCUUCGGGGUGCUAAUGUGGGAGGUCUUCACACACGGAGAAAUGCCCUACAGCCCGCUGGCGGACGAUGAGGUCCUGGCAGGUACAGGAGGGACCUUGCCCUUUUCUCGGGAGAGAAGGCUACCGGCCUUGGCCGAGGCUCAAGGAGCCCCAGCACAACCCUGGCGCCGGGCUGUGGAGCAGUCUGGCUGGCCGUACACCUCCGUGGGCUUGUAG